CGGGCCACUCCUGGUGGAAGGUCCGGACGACCCUACACUCACCAGUGUCCUUCCAACUCUCGCAGUGAGUGGAGUAGCUUAUUAACCCUCCAGAUCUAUAUUGUCUCUAGAUCUCUGUUUUUUCCAGCUCUUGUAUUUGCUGCUGAAGGUUCAAGUGUUCAACUGCAUGAUGGCUUCAGUGGUCGCUAAGACCUUGUAUGAACUAAGCGUCAGAACUUUGUCUGGUGAGAUUGUGUCGUUAAGGAAAUACCAGGGCAAAGUGGUACUAAUAGAAAACACAGCGUCUCUCUGAGGCACGACAACCCAGGACUUCGUCCAGAUGAACGAGCUGAUCGACAAGUUCGGCGACAGUCUGGCAGUCCUGGCUUUUCCCUGCAACCAGUUCGGGCAUCAGGAGAAUGCCACUGAGUCGGAGUUACUAUGCAGCCUAAAGUACGUUCGACCUGGUAACAACUUUAUCCCAAAGAUGGACAUGUUCAGCAAAGUUGAUGUUAAUGGAGAGUCUGCAGACCCAUUAUUCAAGUACCUGAAAGAAAGACUUCCCUUUCCCUCUGACGACAGCGUGAGCUUAAUGUGUGAUCCAAAGUGCAUUAUCUGGAGCCCAGUCACGCGUUCAGAUAUUGGCUGGAACUUUGAGAAGUUUCUCGUUGGCAAGGAUGGAGUACCAUACAAAAGGUUCAGCAAGAAAUUCCAAACGCGACUUCUCGAAGAUGACAUUAAAUUUCUAUUAAAGUAAUGAAUUACUCCUACCUACACCUGUCAUCUAUGAACACAAUUCACACUGAAGUUUCCCUGGUUCUUGUUAUGAAAGGCAUGUCACAAACACUUAAGGAGAUGCCUGGAUGUUCUUGUGGACGUGGGUCAUGACAGUGUGCACAGUGUUUAAAAGGGUGACAGUGGAAAGUCUUUAACUUUGCUAAGAAUGCAUAGAUUACACAAAUUUUGGCUUUGUAUAUUUUUUAAUAAAGGAAAAUAAAGCA